UGUUCGGCGGUAUUUCAGGUUGGUGGGCUGGCUGCGAAGAUGGGCGUCCUUAUGCUCCUACCAUGCCUCUUGAGGAUUGGAAUACUGUCCUUCGCCAAUCCGGCUUCUGCGGAGUUGAUUCAACCACACCCAAUCGUGAUGGACUGGCCUGGCCGUUCUCGGUCAUCUCAGCACAGGCCGUGGACAAUCGUGUCAGUUAUCUGAGGAAGCCUCUCUACCGUUCAUCCAACGCCGCACAAAUCUCCCAUCUCACGAUCAUCGGUGGCAAAUCACUGGAAGUGUCUAAGAUCGCCGAGGACAUCGCCGACAUUGCCGGACUGAGCUGUCAAUCAGUUGAGUCCUUCGCAGACCUAAUCAGCGCUCAAAGCUCUGCUGUUCCCGGACAAACUGUGAUCUGUCUCUCAGAUCUCGAAGACCCAAUUUUCAAGAGUCUGACACCUGAGAAGAUAGAUGCUCUCAAGAUCAUGCUGAGCAUUCUCAGACAUUGCUCUGGGUUGGUCGCGAUUCUCGCGACCGUCCCUAUCAGCAGGCCAUGGUUGGCUUCCUAAGGUGUAUUAUCCAUGAGAUGCCUGACCUCUCGGUACAACAUCUUGAUGUUGCUUCUGGUCUGGAUGGAGUCUCUACAUUGAUCAUGGAGGUGGCCCUGCGUCUGCAUACCGUGAGCCAGUGGGAAGCUUCUGAUCCCCUUGAUCAACAGUUGUUGUACACUAAGGAGACCGAGCUCAUGUUCCAGCAUGGAAGCCUCUACGUACCGCGCAUGCUUCCUGACCCGACGAGGAAUGAUCGCAUUAACUCUCAAAGACGCCCAGUCGCUAAACACGCCAGCCUGAAGUCGGACGUGAUCUCCAUUAGUGAAACAGGCUUCGGUUUGCCGGUCUUGAAGGACGUUCCAUUCUUCAGCAAAGAUAAGGAAGGCAAAUCCGCCAUGAAGACGUGCGUUUCGACUCUGUCGGCACUGGGUAUCACUGCCGGACUUUAUUUGUUCGUCAGUGUUGGGCUUGAAAUUUCGACAUCCAACGCCGUCAUCGCCCUUUCUUCCUCGGACUCGAAUAAAUCCUACCCAGUGGUCACCAUUCCUACAGACACACGGGAAGACCCAGCCGAUCUUCUGUCUGUCAUUGCGGCGGAACUUCUGGCGGCCCGCAUGCUCUCCACAGUUGUUGUAGGGGCCAAAGUCCUUGUUCACGAGCCCGGUACUGGUUCCCUCGGAUCUUCCCUUGCGCAAGCUCUCAGGAGGCAAGCAUCUGCCAGAAACUUUGAAGCCAUUUUCAGUACCUCUAGGGCGGACGACGACCCUUCUUGGCUCAGACUUAGCCCCUGGAUGCACGGUCAUAAAAUCAAGCGCCUCUUGCCCACUGGAGUCACCAACGUUUUGGACCUAGCAACUGACGAUGAGUCCAAGGAAGUAUCUGCUCUUAUCAAGCAAGCCCUGCCAGGUGUUCAGUACACUGGCUCAAAAGAUCUUUGGCGGGCGACAAGCUCAGGUCUCUUCCAAGACCAGGAGAAGCUCAUCUCCCUUCUGAAGAAUGCUGCUACAGCCGCGGGACAGCACGUGGCUGGCCAUAAAGCAACAGAGCUUUCCCUGAGCCAGGUUACCGAUGUUAAGACAACUUUGCAUCCUACCACCCUUGUUGAUUGGACUGCCGAAGACACCGCUUCUGUCAUUGUCGACACCAUUGAUGCGGCACCCCUAUUCUCGGCUAACAAGUCCUAUCUCAUGGUCGGCCUGACUGGUCAAAUUGGUCAGUCGCUGUGUGAAUGGAUGGUUCGGAACGGUGCGCGAAACAUCCUGUUGACCAGCCACCAUCCUAGUGUGGACCAAAAGUGGCUUGAUUCUUUCAGGGUUUACGGUGCCAAAGUCGCAGUCUACGCUAUGGACGUAACAAUAAAAGCCAAUGUUAUCCAGGUCGUCAACGACAUUCAGGCAUCCUACCCGCCGAUCAUGGGCGUCGCCAAUGCUGCGAUGGUUUUGAAUGACACUUUGUUCUCGCAGAUGUCAUACCAGCAAAUGACCGACGUCUUGAGACCAAAGAUCGAUGGUACUAAUUGGCUUGAUGAGAUCUUCUACGACACCCCACUCGACUUUUUCGUAUGCUUCUCUUCGACCUCUGUCGGUGGCGUUUUUGGUCAAAGCAACUAUGCAGCUGCUUGUUCCUACAUGACUAGCCUGAUCCGACAAAGGCGAGCUCGCGGCUUAGCUGGGAGUGCCUUCGACAUUGGCAGAGUCGCUGGUAUUGGCUACAUUGAGCGUGCUUCUCAAGUCGUCCAAGAAACGUUUGAAAAGUACUCAUACAUGCCGCUUUCGGAAACAGACCUGCACCAGAUGUUUGCCGAGACAAUAUUCGCUGGUAUUCCGGAGAUGAACCUCGAGCCAGUCAUAAGUACCGGUAUUGAGCGAGUUCCUGCGGAUCGCAAGCACCUUCCUCCUUGGAUCCUGUACCCACGCUUGUCUCACUAUCUCAUUGACACGCAGGAGACGAACGCCGUUGCGGAUUCCAAACAAACAGUCCAACCAGUUCGCGAACAACUGAUUGAAGCCACAACUGCGGAACAAGUUAUCUCGAUCAUCAAGACCUGCUUCGCGGCCAAGUUGCAGAUCGUCCUGCAGCUGACAGGCGAGGAAAUGGAUAUGAAUGUCCCGCUUGUGGAGAUCGGCAUCGACUCUCUUGUAGCUGUCGAAGUUCGUUCCUGGUUCUUGAAAGAGCUGCAAACGGGUAUGCCUGUUCUAAAAAUUCUUGGUGGUGGAUCUGUCUCUGACCUUGCGGAGCAAGCCUCUAAGAAGUUACCUGCGGAGCUCGUUCCCAUGCUCGGUGAUACAGCAACUCCAUCAAUUACGAAGGCCGAGAAGAAAAAGCCUGCAAAGUGCCCGCUCAGGCACCAAGAGGUCUCGUUCGUUGCUACCAGCGCAAGCAAAACGGAGAGGAACGCUUCUUUGGCGCGCCCUGCCCUCCGGCACGCCCUUUCUGCUGACACCGCCACCACCACGGACACGCACUCGAGGGCGGAAUCAACUGCGACGCCGCCAUCGAGUGUCAGCGGAAAGUCGUCAUUCUCAGACCGGGGAGAAAUUGCAGAAAGUAAGGGGCUUAGUGAGUUCAAAGUCUUGAGGACAGAGCCGAUGUCUCUGUCACAGUCACGCUUCUGGCUUCUCGAUCUCUUCCUCGAGGAUCGUACGGCUUCUAACGUCGCCUUCCAGUACCAAUUGAAUGGAAACCUUAAAGUCGAUAAGCUUGCACAAGCGCUUGAGCUCGUCGCCAUGAGACACGAGUCUCUCAGAACCUUUUUCGUCAAUGACUCUUCGCAGCCUGACAUGGCAGUCCAAAGCGUCUCCGAUACGAAUCACGUCAAGCUAGAGCACCGAACGAUCAACCAUGUCGAUGAAGCAGCUCAAGAAUACGAGAUCCAUAAGAGACACGACUUCGAUUUGGGUAAACCUCAUCUCCUCCGCAUGACCCUUCUUACGCUCAAUACCACGACGCACUACCUGCUUGUCGCUUACCACCAUAUCAUCAUGGACGGCAUCAGCUUGCAGCUGCUGCUGUCUGAUCUGGAAAAAGCAUACAAUAGCGCACCAUUGGGUCCUUCACCAAUGCAAUUUCCCACCUUCUCAGUGAACCAAUGCAAGGCGCUCCAAGCCGGUGAAAUGGAUUCUGAGCUUGAAUACUGGAAGGGUGUCUUUCAUGACUCACCAGCUGUGCUUCCACUUCUUCCAAUGGCCAUAAGCAGUUCGCGUGUACCCAUUUCUGCUUUCAAGAGCAACGAAGUCUCGAGGCGAGUCAACCCAGUCGUUGGGCAGAAGGUCAAGGCUGUUGCUAGAAUGAGUCGUUCGACAAACUUCCACGUCUAUCUCACCGUCUUCCGCAUCCUCCUUGCCCGAUUGGCUGACGUUGCUGACCUCACGAUCGGUAUCGCUGAUGCCAACAGAACCGACGACGACAUCACUAGAACAAUUGGCCUCUUCCUUAAUCUUCUCCCUCUGCGAUUUCAGCCUGACGAGGCAAAGACUUUUGCUGCUUCGGUCACAGAAACCAGGAAUCAAGCAUACACUGCGCUGGCCAACUCCAAGCUGCCCUUCGACAUGAUGCUCCAGGAGUUCCAUCACGUCGAGCGUUCGUCAACUCAUGCUCCGUUCUUUCAAGCUUUCUUUGACUACAAAGUUGGCGUCAAGCAGAUUUCAAGGUUUGGCAACUGCCAGAUGAAUAUGCAGCAGAACAACGCCGGAGAGACAAAUUACGAUAUCAACCUCACCGUCGUUGAAGACGAUCAAGGUCCAGGUAUCAUAUUUGAGACACAGGCGACGAUCUAUGAUCGCCAUGCCACAACCCUGCUGCUCGAGUCGUAUAUCCACCUGCUGGACGCCUUCGUUGAUGCACCAACCAUGAGGACAGGCGAGCCUUCGCUAUACAGUCAAGCACAAAUCCAGCGAGCACUCGAUAUGGGCAAAGGACCUGACUUGCUGUCCCAAUGGCCUGCCACUCUUUCGAGUCGUGUUGAACAAGUCGCAAGACAAAACAAAGACGCAGUGGCUGUGAGAGACGGCAAUGGUACUUCAAUCUCCUACGGAGCACUUAUGAACCGAAGUCAAGCCAUUGCAGCCACCUUGCAAAAAGCCGGCGUGGAUCCAGGAUCCAAGGUUGUCGUCUUCCAACAGCCAAAGGUCGAUUGGAUUGUCUCGCUACUGGCUAUCUGGCGAAUUGGCUGCAUCUAUGUUCCCAUGGACGUCGCGAACCCACUAACUCGCCUAGCGGCGAUCGUAGAAACUUGCCAGCCAAGUGUGAUUUUGACUGAUGCCACCACCAGCCCUAACGCAAACAGCUUGUGUGUGGGCAAUGCACUUACGCUCAAUGUCAGCAAUGUUCCCGCCUAUGCAUCUGCAAUUGUUCCAGAUUUGUCUCGGCGCGCGCAAGCCGCUGUCAUCAUCUACACCAGCGGUUCGACUGGAACUCCCAAAGGUAUCACAGUCAAGCAUGAGGGUCUACGAAACUACAUUGAGGGUUCCAUCAGAAUGUACGGCAUGGAAACCCCACAAACCACGCUGCAGCAGAGCACGCUGAGCUUUGACAUUUCACUGGAGCAGAUUUUCACCGGUCUUGCAACUGGCGGAUCUGUCUUCAUGUGCCCCCUGAACCAGAGGGGCGAUCCACUAGAGAUCACCAAGGUGAUGCGAGAUGAGCAUAUCACUUACUCACAGGCAACACCGUCCGAAUAUCUCAUGUGGCUUCAGUACGGGAUGAACACACUCCGACAAUGUUCCGACUGGAAGUACGCAAUUGCUGGUGGUGAAAGACUCACAAACACCGUCGCAAAGCAGUUUGCGGCCUUGAAUUUGUCUGAUGUACGUCUAAUCAACAGCUAUGGCCCAGCAGAAAUUUCUUGUGGAUCAAGCUUCCAUGAGAUCGACUACCGUCAAGGAGAGCAUCGUGAUAUUCCGAUUGGCUCCCAGUACCCGAACUAUUCAGCUUAUGUCGUCGACAGAGAUCUCAAGCCCUUGCCAAUUGGCAUAGCAGGUGAGAUCGUCAUUGGUGGAGCGGGCGUUGCUGCCGGCUAUGCCAACAACGCUGCCUUGACUUCCACUCAAUUCAUCCCCAACCCCUUCGCAUCUGCGGCCUAUGUGGCAAACGGAUGGUCCAAAAUGUACCGCACUGGUGACUACGGACAUUUUCGCGAGGAUGGAUUACUCGUCUUCCGACACCGUAUCUCCUCCGACCUUCAGGUAAAGAUCCGUGGUCUCCGAAUUGAGCUUGGAGACAUCGAAAGCAACAUCGUGCGCGCGGGCAACGGUGCCAUCCUGGAAGCCAUCGUCACUGUUCACGGCGAGGACUCUGACUUCUUGGUUGCCCACGUCGUCUUCGACACCAAACGCGACAUUGCCGAUAAGGACGCUUUUCUCCAGAAUGUCCUUCAGGACUUACCGGUUCCACGAUAUAUGGUUCCCGCUAUGGCUAUUCCUAUUGAACACUUGCCAUUGAACAACCAUUCCAAAGUUGACAGGAAGGCCGUCAAAGCGCUUCCACUCCCUGAACAUAUUGCAACUCCGACCCUCAGCGGCGAACUUACCGAUACUGAGACUCAGUUAUUCCGCUUGUGGCAAGAUGUGCUGUCUACGCACGUAACUAACAUCUCCAUCACGCCUGCUACCACAUUCUUCUCGGUUGGUGGUAACUCCCUCCUAAUCGUCCGCCUACAAACUCGCAUCCGCGAAGAGCUCAGUGUCGUCUUGUCUGUCUUCGAGCUCAUGAAUAGCAGCACCCUUGGCGAGAUGGCCUGCAAGAUCGAAGAGAGCGUCGGUGUCGAAACCAUUGAUUGGGAACGAGAGACGGCUGUGCCGUUUGUGGCAAUACCAACUCCCGUUGAACCCUAUACCGCACCCCGGAAUCAACCCAAGGUCGUCGUGCUCACCGGUGCCACCGGGUUCCUCGGCCGUCAUCUCCUUGAGCGGCUUGAAAAUGACCCUAACAUCACCGAAAUUCACUGUGUGGCUGUCCGUGACAAGCCCGUGGUGUCUUCGCCCAAGGUCUCAGUCCACCAUGGCGAUCUGUCCGACCCAAUGCUGGGUCUCAGCCAGCCUGAGUUUGAGGACCUCUCAUUUACAGCUGAUGUGAUCAUCCAUCUCGGCGCCGUCCGCUCAUUCUGGGACAAUUACCACGCCCUCCGCCAGACGAACGUGCAGCCAAUCAGAGAACUCGUCAAGUUGGCAGCAGGCCGCCGUGUUCCCAUCCACUUCAUUUCAUCCUCUGGCGUCGUGCCCACGACCGCUUACGCCCCGAUCGGAGCCUCGGUUGCUCAGAACCAACCGGCCACUGACGGAAGCAACGGGUAUGUCGCCAGCAAAUGGGCGGGCGAGCGCAUUCUCGAGCAGGCAAAUGCCGAUUUUAACAUCCCCGUGUCCAUCCACCGCUUCGUUGCAGGCGGCCCGGAGCCUCCGCGUGAUGCGGUGACGCCAGUGAUGCAGUGGCUGGCUCAGCGCAGUGAGAUGCACAAGAUUAAGCCAGACAUCGCGGGCUGGAGAGGUCACAUUGACUUGCUGAAGAUGGAUGAGGCAACUGAGGCACUCUGCGAGUCGCUUGUUGGCAACUCGCCGGGAGCGCGAUUCUUACACCAUGAGAGCCAUGUUCGUCUGAGGGAAUGCGACAUGGAGGCGUUUGUUGGAGAGAGGAAGAGAAGAGAUGACUUGGAGGAGAUGGAGCUCCUUGAUUGGUUUGGCAGGAUCAAGGACGAUGGAUUCGAGUACCUUUUGUCCUCCCAUAUGGCGAGCUUCCAGGCUGGCGAUCAGAACGGAGGUAAUGUCUUGAGGAUGAGAAGAUAGAUACAGCGCAGAUUCGGUUCGCAGUGGGUGGGCCUUUGUCGCUGGGCAUAACGCGGAGAUAUACUAUUAUCAUUGUCGUUAUCACCAUCUCCAGGCUUGUUGGCUGAGCGACUGGAUGGUGCAGGUGGCGUUUUAAAAUAUACGGCAUCGUAACCCGGUUGCUGCCUGUCUCGAGUGCAAAGGGCGGGUGUGAUAUCGAAGGUGUUGUCAUCUUCCUCUGACGUGCUAUCGCUUUCUAAUACGAUUCGUUCAUCUGUAACGCUGUGAGCACGUAUACAAACUGUAGCAGCCUAGCACACUUACCGUGGCUACUGCCGGCUGUCAAUUUAUAACCGAAGCUUUCGUUAUCUAAGAUCACGACUCUAGAAGCCGGCCACCUCCGAGGAAAUUGUCAAGACGCACAAAAAUCUCAAUUUUCAAUUAUUACCCUCAUAUAUAGAGAAUUCAAAUGUCAUUUUACUAAUUUUACAAUCCAAAGCUUCUUCUGUA